CAACAAAGCUCCAGAUUUCAGACUGGGACCAACUGUCAGCUCGCUGAGUCCUCAUGUCAGCAUGGUUUAUAAACUAGUAUUCAGUUUCAGUUUAACUAAUUUUCACUUUGCAAAUUUCAUUCAGUUUUCAAAUUUUAUGGCUGGGCUGCAGAAUAGCCUUCAUCAUAGUCAAAUCCAUUUCUGCUCUAUACCGAGAAAUUUGAUCCAAGUGACGACUGACUUCGCUUUUGGGGGUGGGGCUAUUGCGGUGUUGAAAUAUGAUGCUUUUUUUUUAAAUAUUUACCUUAACUAACAUUAAACGCCGGAUUUAACCAGUUCAAACCAAAUCAAUCCCGAUGUAUGUACCAAAAGUGGAUCGUAAUCGGAUGUCGCUCUUGGUGGCCACCAACUGAUGGAAUUGAAUUGCACAGACUAAUCAAAAGUCACGUUCGAGAUAUUUGAUGUGGGAUCUACUAUCGACGUGUACUUGCUCAGGUUUUGUUGACGUUGCUAUAAUUUGAAACCAUUGGCACCUGCCGAAAUCGAGAUUUAUGGACGUGUCGUUAAAAUGCCAAUUGAGCCAACAGCCACGUCAGCAAUUAUUCACGAUGACCAAUAUUCAACUAUAAAAGCCACCGUACUUGCGAGUUAUUUUCACAUAUCCUUUCUGAUCAUCAAAACACUAGCUGAACUCUCCAACAUGAACUUGAUGCAUCUCGGCUUUGCUGGUCGUCCUGGUUUGCGUCUUUACUGCAACCGCAGCAGAGGAACAUGCGCGAUCCUUAUUAUAUUUCUCCUCAUUGUAGUUACCGAAAUGGCGUACAAAUCUGAACACGCUUCGGAAGAUCAUCACGAUGCUGCUGGAAAAGUCGAUGACGUCAAAAAGGACGGAAUGAAAUUCGUGACCAGCAGACACGCUCGUAAAGCGAAAGCUGCCCAUCAGCACGAAAAAGGAACUAAGCAUCCGAAGAGCAAGAAAACUAAACAAGUCGUCCCGAAAGCAGCCGAGGCGGCCCAGCCUAAAACUAUAAUGAAGAAAAACAGCAUAACCAUCGGCCGAGAAUUGUUCGAUUACCUCGCUUUGCAUUUGCGCGAGACGGUCUACGACGGCGUCGAGAAUUACAUCCGCUUCAUGACGGCCUUUUUGGGUCUCGAAGAAUUGGCAGCUGGAGCCGAACCGCUGAUGGCGCCCGGCAUGGGUCCUGUUGUCAAUGACAUCACCUGGUUCCGUUAUCCGAUCAACAUUAAUCCUUGUCGCUUUUUUGACAGUCCAGCUGCUGCUGCUGCUGGCAAUUCCAGCAGUCGUAUUAGCCUCUUUAUCAGCGUCAUUUCGGGACCCAACAACUAUGAAAGACGGGCCGCCAUUCGCCGAACAUGGCCCGUUCAUUUGAAGAAUCAAACCAAUUUGAAUCAUCCACUGGACGUUGUGGGUUUCGGCUUCGUCAUCGGCCUGACCAACGACAGCGUCGUCCAGCAAAAGGUCAAGGAGGAAAGCGAACAAUUCGGCGACAUUUUGCUGGUCAACAUGAUCGACAGGUACGUGAACUUGUCGGUCAAAGUGGCCAGUCUCUUCAACUGGGUCGACACUUAUUGCCCUCGAGUCGAUUACGUCCUAAAAGUGGACGACGACGUCUACGUCAACGUCCACAAUUUGGCGACGGUCCUCCACUCGUUGACGGUGGCGGAUCAAAGUAUCUACGGCCGCCAGUGCGGAGGCAAUAUCCCGGACCGGAAGGGAGGUAAAUGGAUGACGAGUUACGAGAAUUGGCCGUGGCAAAAGUUCCCCAUUUACUUCCAAGGAGCCGGAGUGGUGAUUGCCGGAAGUGCCGUCCGUCCCAUCUUGGCAGCCAUGCAAGUGACUCCUUACUUCAUAUGGGACGACAUGUACCUGGUCGGAUUGUGUGCAGUCAAGGCCAAAGUUCAACUCCGCACGUCCAACCAGAUUUUCAUCGACAUGCCGGCCAACUACGCCGACCCGUGUUUCGUGCGCACCUCGGUCAUGUGGACAACUGGAUCCUCCGACGCCAUGAACUCGUCGCAUUUUGCAAGCCACAACUUUUACCAUCAAAUUCAACCCAAAACUCAUUGCAUUGGCAAGGACAAUAAGACCAACGACGAGCCGGCCAAUCGUACCGACUUUCCUUUCGGCACCGCCCUUCAAAACUAAAAUCCCGAGUCGUUUCGAUUCCAUCUGUGCUGUGCAGAAGGAAUUUAUACAUCCUGAAAAGAAUUCAAGUUCACAAAGCAUUUCGCAGUUCAUAUAGCAGUGAUUGAUUAUUAUCCCCCUUUUUUGUGUUGGUGAAGAGGAUUGUAAAUUGGCAACUAUUAGUAAACUUGACGAAUAAAAUGGCGUUCAAGUCGGAGAAGAGAGCGUCCAAUACAAUUGAGAGUCAACUAUGAA